AUGUAUUUUACUUAUGUUGUCAGGCCUGGAGAGGCUCCCGAGAGCCGAGGCCCACAGUUUGAGCCCUUUUGGGACUUUUUAAUGAAUUAUAACUUGAGAUUGGGAUUUUUGGCACAGCUGGCUGCCUUUUUAUUGUUGUUUCUCGGCAUUUUGACCGGAGGAAAGGACCCUUUGGCCCUCUUGUCGUUUUUAAGAGCUUCCCCAAAGAAUUUCGGAUCUGCUCCGUUCACUUUAACUUUGCUUUGUCACGCCUUGUUUCUGGUUGGCACUCUCUUACUCAUGGCCUUCAUUCAAAUGGGAGAGGAUGAUGCGAGCAUUAAGCAGUGUAGAGGUUAUAGAGCCGGAACAAAGUUUCUGUUGCAGGCUACUUCAUUUGGUGCCGUUUCCUGGUGUCUAUCCAUGAUAACCUUCUUGGGCGCCACCUACCAUUUCGAAUCUCAAUGGCUUGACGAACAGAUUGGCGAUGGGUCCUCUUGGCUAAUUUACUUCAGUUCUAGACUUCUUGACUCCUUCGCUCUGAUUUUGUACGCUGGCGGCUGCUUCUUUUUGGAGACGUACCACUCUGAGGGUACCAAUGAGUCCUGGGGGUGGCUCUGCGGCCUCUCUUUCCUGGCUGCCGGUGUUUUACAGAUGGCUGCCUUAAACUUCUUGAACACUUCCGCUUACGUUGUUCUUGAGAGGCUCUACACUGUCGCUUUUGGGUUUGCUCUUUUUUUCAGCGCCAUGUGGGCUCUUCUUUUCGAGCCUGUUUCUCAUCGUUACGACGUUAAGUUAACUCAGUCUGCUCUGAGGAACGAGUACUACAAGUCGAGGAAUGCUAUGGCUUACUAUGGUCCUGCUGUGUUGGAUCAGAACGGCAAUAUUGACUUGGCGGCCGCCACUGAGCAGGUCCACCAAGCUUUCAAUCAGCCACCAGUAGAGGGUUAA